AGCGCCACGAGAAGCACUGCCCGAGAAGCGGCUAACGUGGAAGGCGGGGCCAAAUUUGGCCGGCGUUUCGACGCGGAGAGUUCCAUCAAGUCGGGAACCUCGAGAGCAUCGGGAGCAGCAUAUAAACUGCGCCAUGAGCGAAGCGCACGGAGGCGUCGGAGAGACUUGCUGCGGCCCAGCUGACGAGCAGCGACGAGGGAGAUCCGCGCAGAGACAGUUGAGGCGGAGUUCAUGAAUGUGGGAAAAGCGGGCACAGAAAUUGGCUUUCCCCGCGGAACGGAGCAGAUGAGAUUAGAUGAGAUGAGACGGAACGAGAGACGUGACGGUGAGCGGAGCAGAGCAGAGUAGAGCAGUGACGGACUGGCCUGCAGAGAGAUUUGGCCCAAGGCGCUGGAGCCAAUUUGUGCCGCCCAGCGAUUGUCUGCAGAUUCGAGCGACUUAUUCACCCCGGGGAAAGCGACUCGUGCAACCUAAGUGAGAGUCUCUGAUCAGAUUGAUUCGCUCUUCGAGCUGCAUUGUUUGGUGGAUUGGGUGCUGGUUUCGAUUCCGGGUUUUGCCCGCGAGGUGUUUCCCCUGCCGCUGCUGAUGUGCGGCUUUCGGCGGCCGGAGGUCGCUGAGGAUCAGAUGCCCGUGCGUAAAUUGGUGGGUAAGAAUGGUGGUCUACCCGAGGUCGGCUGUUGAGGUCAAAGGCAGAGGUAAAGUUACCCACCGUUGCAAAGCUGGGAAUGGGGCCUACACGAGGACCUCGCGCGAAGGUGGUCGUGAAAGUAAAAUCCUGAAUAACGACGUUCUUUCUUGAUAAUGGUCGAUGGUGAUUCUAGUCAGACGAGCCAGCUGUUACAGGGGAUUCCCACUUCGAUCAUGGUGGAUUUUUCUCUCUGAGUGUAUCAUUGAUUUUAGGUUCGACACCCUCAUCUGUCGCCCGUGAUUUUGGAGACGCCCCUUGGGGAAGAUUUCGGACCUCAGAGGGCCAUGUAGCUUGUUGAUUCUCAACAGGGGUAAUGAUCGAGCUUUUCUGGAAGUUCCACUUAUGACGAUAUUUUUUGGCUUAUCUAGCCUUCCCGAUGUCGUCGGAAGCUCUCGAGGGGCAGACCAAGAGUAGCAGAGGUCUCGAAUGCUGAGAAAGGAUCGAGAAGGGUGGUUGUAGCCGGCUGAACAAAAUGCGGGUCGCGAGCUCAGCAAAAUUGAUCGUAGAUGCUCUGCUCCAAAGAUUUUUGCCUUUGGCCCGACGGCGGAUUGACACAGUCCAAGCCCAGGAUGGACAAUAUUUACGAGCUUCUGAUCCAGUCUAUGAGCAAGUCUUGGACUCGCUCGCCAUGGUUGCCCAUCACACACCCAGACCAUUAAUGGAAGCUCUUUUAAAAUGGAGGGAAAGUGAAUCGCCGAAGCCUGCAGCUGGAGCAAGCGAUGCUUCCACUUUUCAGAGAAAGCUUGCUGUGGAAUGUAUCUUUUGUUCUGCUUGUAUUCGAUUCGUGGAAUGCUGUCCUCAAGAGGGCCUUACAGACCUUUUUGCAGAAACACUAUGGGUUGGGCUGGAAAACUUUGUUUUUGAUUGGCUCAUCAACGCAGACAGGGUUGUGAGUCAUACGGAGUACCCCUCUCUUGUGGACCUUAGGGGACUUCUAUUAGAUCUUGUCGCUCAACUCCUCGGCGCCCUCUCGCGGAUAAGGUUCAUGUCAGUAACAGAUCGUUUCUUCAAUGAGCUAAACGGACGUCGCAUCGAUACAAAUACUGCGCGCAGUGAAACCUUGAGCAUCAUUCACGGCAUGCGCUACCUUAAGCUUGGGGUCACAACUCUAGGCGGUUUAAACGCCUCCACUUCUUUUGUUGCCAAAGCAAAUCCGCUCAAUCGAGUACCUGCGAAGAAAAAGACCGAGCUACAUCAUGCAAUGUGCAACAUGUUGUCCAGUAUAUUGGCACCUUUGGCUGACGGAGGCCGAGGCUCUUGGCCUCCUUCUGGGGUUGAUCAAGCUUUGACACUUUGGUAUGAUGCUGUGCUUCGAAUUCGAAACCAGCUUUCUCAUUGGAUGGAUAAGCAAAGUAAACAUAUAAUUGUUGGAUACCCUCUGGUGACUCUCCUGUUGUGCUUAGGAGAUCCACAAUAUUUUAGUAGCACAUUUGGUCCUCACCUGGACCAACUGUACAAACUUCUGAGGGAGAAGAAUCACCGGUCCAUGGCACUUGACUGCUUGCAUAGAGUUUUACGCUUUUAUCUCAACGUGUACGCGGAUAGCCAACAGAAGAACCGUGUUUGGGUGUAUCUUCACAGCAUCACCUCACAACUGUUAGCAAGUUUGAAGAAAGGAUCCCUAACUCAGGAUGUGCAACACGAUAAGCUUGUGGAUUUCUGUGUUACUAUCGCCGAAAGCAAUCUGGACUUCUCUAUGAAUCAUAUGAUUCUCGAGUUAUUGCGGACAGAAAACCUGAGUGAGGCGAAAGUGAUUGGCUUGCGAGCACUUCUUGCUGUGGUCUCAUCUCCAUCUCAUCAGAGGUUCACACCAGACACUUUUGAGGAUUCACAUUUUUCAGCUACAUCUUCUCUCAGGGGUUCACCCACUCCUUCUUGGUCACAUGCAACGGGAGUUGCUGCAUCUCCAAGUCAUCUGAGUUCUGGAUCUGUGACGAGUGAUCUGUCCUUAAAUGGUCAUGACAUUGGUCCUUAUAUUCCCAAAGUGAGAACUGCGUUGGGAUCUAUUAUCAAGGCAUGCCACGCAACUUAUGGAAGCGCACUUUUAACUUCAUCUAAAACAACAAUCGAACCAUUAACGAAGGAAAAAUCACAAGGAUGGCUUGUGUUUCGUUGGGCUCUCAAGUGCGUACCCCAUUUGAUACCAGAGCAGUGGCGUGCUGAGAAGCUGACCGAGAUUAUUCCUGUUUAUGCUAUUAGCAUUGAACCAGGGGUCCGAGAAGAAGCAGUUCAGGUGUUGUUUAGAACUGUUCGAGACCUUCCGCAAAGCCGUUUUGCUGUCAUGCGAGGCAUGGCAAACUUCAUUCUGAGGAUACCGGAUGACUUCCCCUUGCUCAUCCACACUUCACUAGGCCGACUCGUUCAACUACUCCAUUCAUGGCGUGGUUGCUUGGCUGAGGAGAGCAACUCAGCUGAAGGUCGAGGAACAAGACAUGGGAGCAAGGAUGCUGGUACCAUAUUUUCUACACCACGUCCAUUCGAAGAAACCACCAGCUUCGAUCCAUCUGGGAUGGAUGCAGUUGGGCUGAUAUUCCUCUGUUCUGUAGACCUCCAGAUUCGACACACUGCUCUUGAACUACUGCGGUGUGUUCGAGCUUUACAGAACGAUAUCACAAGACUGUCCUCCAAAGACCAAGAGCAUGGAAAGUCGAGGAUGGAACCAGAACCGACUUUUGUUAUCGAUGUUUUUGAGGAAACUGGGGAUGAUAUCGUACAGCGCUGCUACUGGGAUUCUGGUCGCUGGUACGAUCUUAGACGAGAAUGGGAUGUUGUACCAGCUGAGUUGAGUUUACAGAAUGUGCUAGAGAGCAACGACAAAGGUCGAUGGGCUCGCUGCCUGAGUGAGCUGGUCAACUAUGUUGCAGAACUUUGCCCAGCAGCAGUUCAAGGAGCAAGGCUAGAGGUGGUCACUCGGUUGGCGCACAUCACUCCAGUUGACCUAGGUGGAAAAGCUGCACAGACACAUGACGUUGACAGCAAGCUGGACCAAUGGCAUAUGUAUUCCAUGUUCGCUUGCUCAUGCCCACCAGAAGAAUCUGAUGAUGGAGCGGGGGCUUCUGUUAAGGAGCUGUUAAGGCUUGUCUUCCCCUAUCUCAAGUCUGGUAAUGAUGGGCAGAUUUACGCAGCGACGUUGGCUCUUGGACAUUCUCAUUUGGAGAUUUGUGAAGUUAUGCUCAGUGAGUUAACCACUUUCCUGGAGGAAGUAACGUCUGAAAUGGAAAGUCGCCCAAAAUGGAAGAGCCAGAAGCUUCGUCGAGAGGACGUUCGAGUGCAUGUGGCAGAUGUAUAUCGUAUGGUUGCAGAAAGUAUAUGGCCGGGAAUGCUUGUGAAAAAACCUGUCUUACGAAUUCAUUUCCUCAGGUUCAUUGACGAUACAGCUCGCCAGAUCGUGUCUGCUACACCUGAAGCUUUCCAAGACAUACAACCUUUGCGCUACUCGCUUGCAUGUGUCUUACGAUCUCUUGCCGCUGAUGUGGUUCGCGCUUCUUCAGAGAAAUUUGUUAUGGGGACUCGAAAGCGAUUGUUUGAUCUUCUGUCCUCAUGGUGCGAUGAUACAUCUAAUGCUUGGGGUGGAGACGGAGUUAGUGAGUACAGAAAGGAAAUAGAACGCUACAAAUCUUCUCAGAACGUGCGAACAAAAGAUUCGGUUGAAAAGAUUACGGUUGAGAAAGAGAUUAACGAGCAAGUAGACGCCAUUCAGUGGGUCGCCAUGAAUGCGAUGGCUGCCUUGCUCUACGGUCCUUGUUUUGAUGACAGUGCCCGAAAAAUGAGUGGACGAGUGGUAUCUUGGAUAAAUGGACUCUUCCUAGAACCAGUCUCUAGAGUUCCGAUUGGAUAUUCUCCUGCCGAUCCUCGCACCGCCUCGCCUCACUCCAAGUUUGGCAUCAGUGGGGUUGUUGAUGUUUUUCGUGGAGGAGCUGCUGGCCGGGACCGGCAACGUGUGAGCUCUUCCCGUGUCUUCCUUGCAAAGACAGCACUGAUGAAUCUGCUGCAAACAAACCUUGACUUGUUUCCUGCUUGUAUCGAUCAGUGCUACUCCUCGGACUCCUCGAUAGCGGAUGGCUAUUUCACUGUGCUUGCUGAAGUUUAUAUGCGUCAAGAGGUGCCUAAGUGCGAGAUACAACGACUUUUGAGCCUUAUUUUGUACAAGGUGGUGGAUCAGUCACGACAAAUAAGGGAUGAUGCGUUGCAAAUGCUGGAAACCCUGUCAAUACGAGCAUGGGCCGAAGAAGGGGAGGGUGCGGGCAGGUAUCGUGCAGCAGUAGUGGGGAGUCUUCCUGAUUCGUACCAGCAGUUCCAGUAUCAGCUGUCAGCUAAAUUGGCUAAGGAACACCCUGAACUAAGUGAGCUGCUCUGUGAAGAAAUUAUGCAACGUCAGCUCGAUGCAGUCGACAUAAUUGCGCAGCACCAAGUUCUAACGUGCAUGGCUCCCUGGAUCGAGAACCUCAACUUUGUGACGUUGUGGGACUCGGGCUGGAGUGAAAGACUUUUGAAAAGUUUGUACUACGUCACGUGGAGACAUGGGGACCAAUUUCCCGAUGAGAUCGAGAAACUUUGGAGCACGGUAGCAAGGAAGUGGAGGAACAUCAUUCCAGUUCUUGAUUUUCUUAUAACGAAGGGAAUCGAGGACUGUGAUUCCAAUGCCACCGGAGAGAUCAGUGGGGCGUUUGCAACCUAUUUCUCUGUCGCGAAAAGGAUCAGUCUGUAUCUGGCCAGAAUGUCGCCUCAGCAGACCAUUGAUCACCUUGUUUUUGAACUCUCUCAAAGGAUGCUGGAAGAUCAUCCCGAGCAGUCAAAGCGUCCAGCAGAUGCCGGAUUUGCUGUUGACAAUGUGACACCCGUUCUGGAGUUUUCACAAGGUCCUCAAGUAGUUCAACUUAUUGAACCCCCGCCGCAUAUGUCCCCGUUGCUAGUUCGGGGCUCGCUUGAGGGUCCACUUCGUAAUGCCAGUGGUAGUUUAAGCUGGCGUACAGCAACAGGAAGAAGUAUGUCUGGACCGUUGAACAAUAUGGCCAUGCCUGAAAUACACCAAGGUAGAUCUGGUCAAUUAUUCACAGGAUCUGGUCCCUUGAUGAGCUUGUCUGGUCCUCUCAUGGGUGUUCGUAGCUCAACGGGAAGUCUGAAAAGUAGACAUCUUUCAAGAGAUAGUGGGGACUAUUUCGUAGACACACCAAACUCAUUGGAGGAAAUGCGGGCAAACAUUCCAGCUGUGACUGCAGGAGAGCUUCAAUCCGCGCUGCAAGGCCACCAUCACUGGCUUUCUCGGGCAGAUAUUGCACUGAUUUUACUAGCAGAGAUCGCAUAUGAGAAUGAUGAGGACUUCCGAGGUCACUUGCCGUUGCUCUUUCAUGUGACGUUUGUUUCAAUGGACAGUUCAGAAGAUAUUGUACUGGAGCAUUGCCAACAACUCCUUGUGAAUCUUCUUUACUCUUUAGCAGGGCGUCAUUUGGAGUUGUAUGAUGUCGGUGAUCAUGGAGAUGGAGAAUAUAAGCAGCAAGUCGUUAGCUUGAUUAAGUACGUGCAAUCCAAGAAGAGCAGUAUGAUGUGGGAGAACGAAGAUAUGACACUGUUACGGAUGGAACUCCCGAGUGCUGCUCUCCUCUCUGCCCUUGUGCUGAGUGUGGUGGAUGCCAUCUUUUUCCAAGGUGACCUGCGGGAACGAUGGGGAGAAGAAGCGCUUAAGUGGGCGAUGGAGUGCACAUCCAGGCAUCUUGCGUGUAGGUCACAUCAGAUUUAUCGUGCACUUCGUCCAAGUGUGACCAGCGAUACAUGCGUUUCAUUACUGCGCUGCCUACAUCGAUGUUUCAGCAAUCCAGCGCAGCCGGUGCUAGGAUUUGUUAUGGAGAUUCUUCUCACCUUGCAAGUCAUGGUCGAGAUUAUGGAGCCAGAGAAAGUCAUUCUCUAUCCACAAGUCUUCUGGGGUUGUGUAGCCAUGCUGCAUACGGACUUCGUGCACGUCUACACACAAGUUUUGGAGCUUUUUGCCCGUGUCAUAGAUAGGUUGUCAUUUCACGAUCAAACAGCUGAGAAUGUACUCCUCUCUAAUAUGCCGAGAGAUGAAUAUGAGAGUCACCUCCAGGAAAGGGAUCUAGGUAGGCUUGAUUCAAGUGGUUUUGAUAUACUAGGGAAAAGUGAGGAUGGGGCAGAUGCGGAUGAAAAAGCACCUACCUUUGAGGGAGUCCAACCUCUUGUUUUGAAAGGGCUUAUGUCGACAGUGAGCCAUGCCUCUGCUAUAGAAGUCCUAUCGCGUAUCACUCUACAUUCCUGCGAUCAGAUAUUUGGAGAUUCGGAUACAAGAUUGUUGAUGCACAUUGUUGGACUUCUACCCUGGCUUUGCUUACAGCUGCAAAAGGGAGAAAGUCCUUUGAUGUUAGGCUUUGAUUCCCCUCUCCAGCAACAGCUGCAGAAGGCACGCUCAGUUGCAGCAAAUAUUUCUCAAUGGUGUGCCGCAAAGCAUCUCGAUGGUCUUGCCCUUGUGUUUGCAGCGUAUGCAGAGGGUUGGCAAACAACUAUGGAGGAUCUUCUGGAUCGCGUUGCUCCGCUAUUGUGCACCGAAUGGUUUCCACGCCAUUCUACUUUGGCUUUUGGACACUUAUUAAGGUUAUUAGAAAAGGGACCUGUUGAGUAUCAGCGAGUUAUUCUGCUGAUGUUAAGAGCACUUCUGCAGCACACCUCGAUAGAUGCAGCCAAGUCUCCUCAGGUGUACGCAGCGGUGUCACAGUUCGUUGAAAGUCCUCUCUGCUUUGAAGCUCUGAAUGUCCUGGAGGCAGUAUUGCAGAGUUGCAGUACUCAGGUUAGUUUCCAAGUUGACAAUACUCCUGCACCAGAAAAUGGGGUUUUCACGGCUGCAGGAUCAGCCACUUUUCGACGACCGGAGGAUGACAGGUUUUCGUCAACUGUUGCUACACACAGUUCCUUCAAAGCUAAAAGUGGUCCCCUCCAUUAUUCUUGGCAAGGUUCUGGUGGAGCUGUCCCUGCUACACCCACCAUUGCCGUUGCCGGACCUUCAGCACCUACAGAUGUUCUGCCCUCUCGGGAAACAGCGCUGCAAAAUACAAAAUUAGCACUUGGACGAGUAUUAGACACGUAUGGACCUGGGCGUAAGAGAGAUUACAAGCGUCUGGUACCUUUUGUUGCAUCCAGCAUACGCCCUUCAACUACCACAACUGGCCAGCAAGGGAAAGGUCAAUGAUAAUAUUAUUUCAGGGCAAGGACUACGAAGUGGGUGACUCUGAGGCACGUCUUCUGGAGUCUAUAUGUGUAUUCUUAUACAGAUUUAUAUAAAGCAUCUCAACCGUCAGGCUAAUCUCUGUUCGAGGUCAGACCUUUUGUGCUAAUUAUGGAGAUUGGGCAUCGGAGAGUGCGAAGUAUCGAAAAUUAUCCUACGCUUUGGUUCUCUGAAAAAAAGGAAUGCGUGGGAGGUGGUUUACAUUUUUCCUGUCAUUGUUCUUAGGUUAACGCCAUCCAUCACAUCAUCUUAAAGAUUUCACCUCACGUGAAGAAUCUGCGGGUCUUUUGCAACCCAAGAUUUAGCUUUAAGGUGGUUAAGCAAGGCGCUGACGGAACCUUCAUGCAGAAAUUUCGGAGAACAUGUCUAUGAAGUCGUAGGGGUGAGGUGUAUCAAAUAUUUGUGAAUAUAAGCAGUUGAGAAGUGGGACUGAUGAAGACAAGGAGAUUGUGGUCCGUGAUUUCUUUUGGGUAAUAUCGUUGGCCCUUUCAACGCGUUUGAGGAGCAGGCAUAUGCAGAGUCUUUCUUGACAAUUUGUUCUCCUUGUAGAAAUAUAAAUUGCUUAGAAACAGAUUAUUUCUUGUGUGGGUUUUAAUCGACCCUUGAUGAUAGAUUUGUUGCCUACUUUAUCAUGGUGAAAGUAGUUCGUCCAGGCUAGCUGGGCCAUCGCAUGCAGCUGGUUUGGUGGUAAAGUUGGCAAUCAUUAAGCCUGAGAUUACCUUUGUACCAUAACAUUGAAUAAAUUUGAAGAGCCGAAAGAUUCAGGCGGUCAACAAGCUUG